GCCUUUAGGUGGACAUCAUGGACAUAUGUGAGUCAAUCCUGGAGAAGAAGCAUCAUGACAGCGAAAGGUCUGUGUGCAGCAUCUUGGAGCAGACAGACAUCGAAGCUGUGGAGGCUCUUGUGUGUAUGAGCUCCUGGGGUCAGAGAGCCCAGAAAGGUGGUGACCUGUUAAAGAUAAGACCUCUCACACCUGUCUCUGACUCAGGGGACGUCACUGCCACUGUGCAUCCUGAUGUCUCUGCACCUGAGCUACCAAAGGAUUUCCAUUCUUUAUCGACUCUGUGCAUAACUCCUCCUCAGAGCCCCGAAGUCGUGGAGCCAUCGACAGGGACACCUGUUUCUUCCCAAGUUACUGAUUCCAAAGCACACACAGUCAUGACUGUCUCCCCGUCUCCUGCUGUGGCAGCCAGAGUGCUGAGCAGGAGGGCAGAGAGGGGCUCACCAGGUUUGAAGCCAGAGCCCCUGGAGCAAACCCCCAGUGCUCCCUGCAGGGCCAUGAUGACCAGCGUGAUCCGCCACACUGGGGAGAGCCCUGCUCCUGCCCGCUUUCCUGCCGGUCCGACUCCAGAGCAGCAGCUUUCUGACAGCAGAGAAGGAGAGACACAGUUUCUGGGACAUUUUGAAGUUUUGCAGGACACACACCUCACAGACAGUCUACUCAACACUAAUUCAGUGUCCUGUCAGCCUUGCUUGCACAAGUCCAGUGGCCUGCUUCCCACUGAUAACGGACAGCAGGCAGGCUGGCCCGUUGCGGUUCAGACCUGCUCACCAAAGAAUUAUGAAAAUGACUUGCCUAGGAAAACCACCCCUCUGAUUUCUGUCCCUGCUCCGGGUCCCCCUGUCCUUUGCCAAAUGAUCCCUGUGACUGGACAGAGUGGCAUGUUACCAGCUAUUUUGAAGUCCCCUCCCCCUCAGUUGCCUGUGGGGACUGUCAGACCCGUCCUAGCCCAAGCUGCUCCAGGGCCUCAGCCUGUGUUCAUGGGACCACCGGUGCCUCAGGGAGCCGUGAUGCUGGUUCUGCCCCAGGGAGCCCUCCCCCCGCCUGCUGCCUGCACAGCCAGUGUCAUGACUGUGGGGAGUAGCAAGUUGCUGCCCCUUGCCCCUGCCCCUGUGUUCAUUGCCUCUAGCCAAAACUGUACCCCUCAGGUAGACUUUUCCAGAAGAAGGAACUAUGUUUGCAACUUCCCAGGCUGCCGGAAGACUUAUUUCAAAAGUUCCCACCUCAAGGCUCAUCUUCGUACUCACACAGGGGAGAAGCCUUUCAGCUGCAGCUGGGAUGGCUGUGAUAAAAAAUUUGCUCGUUCAGAUGAACUGUCUCGCCACCGCAGAACUCACACAGGGGAGAAGAAGUUUGUGUGUCCAGUAUGUGACCGGCGUUUCAUGCGCAGUGACCACCUGACAAAGCACGCCCGGCGCCAUAUGACUACCAAGAAGAUCCCAGGCUGGCAGGCAGAGGUUGGCAAGCUGAACAGGAUUGCCUCUGCAGAGAGCCCUGGGAGCCCACUUGUGACCAUGCCAGCCUCUGGCUGAAAGGUUGGCUGGGGCAUUACUCAUGGGAUUUUUUAAAAAGCCUCUUUUCAGGAAUGGAACUGAUGGGUUCCUCUCCGUAAAACAAAAUGCUUUUAGGGGCUAGGGAAAGGUUGAGGAGCUGGUUCUGAUGAAAGUAUGUUAACUUUUUUUUUCUGGUUGGGACCCUGUUCAAUAUCUUUUGUAGUUUUGGAAGUUUUGUUUUUUGGGUUUUUUGUUUUUGUUUUUUAGGAAACAGAAGAAAAUUUGAUAAUCAAAAUCACCAGCAUUUAAAUAAACAUUUCGGCAAUGAAGUUUACAAAAUCU